GUGGGUACAGUGUGUGGGUUUUAAGUUAGAUUGUUUGGUUGCAUUGGGAUUGUCGUGGUUGAGAUCUUUCUGUAGGUGGUUCUGAGGUUGUAUUUGCUCUUCCUCCUGAGUCUGGGUUCUCCUGCUCAUGUGUGUGUGUGUGUGUGUGUGUGUGUGAGUUAGUUAGUUACCACUUUGUGUGUAUGUGUGUGUGUGUAUACUCACCUAUUUGUGGUUGCAGGGGUCGAGUUACAGCUCCUGAUACCGCCUUUUCGCUAGUCUCUACUCGGUCCACUCUCUCCCUGCUCCAUGAGCUUUAUCGUAUUUCUUCUUCUUCUAGUGAGUGUGUGUGUUAGUGAAUCAGUAAGUUAUGAAACACAAUAUGAACUGAAAUAUAUUUUUCUACCCACAGGUGGCUAAGAUAAAUAUAUAUAUAUCUAUGUACCCACCAGUGAUUAUAAACUCUGACGAGGAAGUUUUUGCUCAAAAACAGCUUACUUUUAAUUAACUCUCGAACUCUGAGCAGAACAACAACACCCACGACAGUGCUGUAAAAACAUGACUUGAAAAUGUGUUCCUGUGCUGAAAAGUGAGCCUAUAUAACAAUGUCAGCAACAGACAACUUCACAUGUAGAGUCACUGAGGUACAUCAGCCGUAGGCACAAGCCGCGUUCCACACCCUCAAAGCGGGCCGGCUGGCCGUGGGCGUGUGGGCGGUGGCAGGCGGCAUGGUGGGCGUGUACGAGGUGGGCAGGUGGGGAUGGACUGGACGCUCAGGAGUCGCUGACAAGAACAACAAAAGACUCAACAUCCACGUCAUAUCUGAUGGUAUCACCCGGCUGCCCAUCCUGGAGGGGGAGAUCUCCCACAUUGAAAUUCCACGGGGGCCAACACCUGUUGGUAUCACCAUAGUGGGUGGGGCUGACACUCCUCUGCGCUGUGUGGUGGUGCAGGAGGUGUUUCCUGAUGGGUUAGUGGCACAGGAUGGCCGCCUGCAGCCUGGUGACCAGAUCAUUGAGGUGGAUGGUGUGGACAUGACAUCUGCUACACACCAGGUGGUGUGUCAGGCACUCAGGCGCCCACAGUCAGUACUGCGCCUUGGUGUCUACAGAGAGAGGAUUGAAGCAUACCGUGCUGCAUCACCUCAAUCAACAAGUGCACCUCCACAUCAUCAGGGUGAAAUGGUAGCAGUAACUUUGUGCAAGGAAACUAGCCGUCAGUUGGGUCUGAAGUUGGGAGGGCGACGCACUGAGCCUGGUAUUUUCGUCAUGGAAGUGCUUGAGGGUUCUGUGGCUGCACAGGAUGGUCACCUUCACCCACACGAUCGCAUUUUGGCCAUCAAUGGUGCUGAUGUGCGUUAUGCCCGCCUUGACCAUGCCUCUCGCCUCAUACAACAGAGCCACACACAUGUAAGCCUUGUGGUAAGCCGUGGGCCUGCUGUUGCCUUCGUGUCUGGUUCUGACUCGACCGCACACUCUCCUGAAUACACAAGCUUCCCUUCACAUCCAUGGCGCAACAGCUCAGCAACUGAAAAUGAAUUUCAGGGUUCUGCAGACCACAGAAGUGCAAGUGACAGUGGCUGUGGUGCAAUGGAAUAUGGACGAUCUGCUUCUUGUGAUUCUUUGAGUGACCACAGUCUUGUGUCAUCCAUGAUGUCUUCACCCAGCACCCAUUUGCCUUCAGAGACUGGUGGUGGAGUUGGGUCUCCCUCAAGGGGUGGCUCACCUACUACUUCCUCUCCUGGGUAUUGCACAUCUGACACUGAUGACAAUGAAUCAAGUCAUCAUCAUCAUCAUCAUCACCACCACCACCACCAACCUUCAACCCACCACCAUCAACACUCAACAUCUAUUAAUCCUCAACACUACCAUCACCACUUGCCAAUCAAUCCUACUCAUGAGCCGGGCCUCUUCGAGCAGCACUCAUCAUCAUCAGAGCACAACUUACACCAUGACACCACUUCAUUACAUGCAACUCCACGAGGUGCUCGCUCUCCUGAAGAUUCUCUUGAUAUCAUGGCAGGACUCAAACGUUUAAUGCACACAGAAAACCAUCAACUCCAGCAGAAAAAUGUCACCAUUAAAAAGAGUGUGAGGGAGAGCCUAGGCAUGAGAAUCGGUGGUGGUGUUAACAGUAAUGAGGGCGACACACCCAUCUACAUUGCCAACAUUAACCCCCAGGGACCUGUUGGCAGGUGCCGCAACAUCAAGAAGGGUGAUGUGUUGCUGUCAGUAGAUGGACAGUCACUGCUUGGAUUAACCCAUGGGCAAGCAGUAGCACUACUAAAGGCUACAGCAGAGCUGAUAGCUGUCACACUUUCUCUGCUAGAUGGUCCAGAGACUUCUGUGGGCCCUGCCAAUUUUGUACCAUCAUGGCUGUAUUGGCAGAAGUUGCCACGCUCUUUACACAUCUCCAAGAGCGUUGUGCUGCACAGGGCUCCUGGGGCUUCCCUUGGUUUCAGCAUAGUUGGUGGCUCUGAUCCCCAGCGUGGUGCUGAACCUAUACAUGUUCUUUUUGUAGUACAGUCAUCUCCUGCAGCCCUCGAGGGAAAGCUGCGAUGUGGAGACCGACUACUCUCAGUAGAUGGUCAUUCACUGGAGCUAGUUCGUCAUGCCUCUGCUGUCAGCCUUCUUAAACAGGCAGGACAAAGAGUUAACCUUGAAGUGGUUUCCUGGCUUGGUACAGAACUGUGACCUAUAUUAUUUAUAUUUCUCAAAAAAAAAAAAAAAAGAUCCUCCUUUCAACAUAAAUAUCAAACAAUUAAUCAUUACUGAAUAGCAAAACAGUCAAAAUUUGCUUCUUCCAUUACUCACAAGAAACAUAGAAUUUGAAAAAACUUGAGAUAUGGAAACCAACACUUUUAAGCAUGUACAGAUAAUUUAAAUGGAGGAACAUUUAUAAUGAUACUUAUACAAUGUAUCUGUACUCUGUUUUUGCUGUAUGAAUAUCAGAGUUAAAAAUAUUAAUCAUAUACUUAAAAAGUAAGCUUUAUUUUUCAUAAGUACUUUUAUAUGAAGCACAAAAAUCAUGUGAUUUUCAAAUACUGCCAGAUAAACAAUAAUUCACAAUAUUAUUGAUAAAUACUUGACAGACAUUUCGUUAGAGUGUGAAGUAUAAUUACAGAACUGUAAUAAUCACACUUUAAGAAAAUAUUAUUUACACAUAAAAUAUGCCAUGACAGGUAAUAUACACGUUCAAUGAUGUACAGUUUGGAGCUGUUUCCAUAGUGAUAAUUAUAAUUUAAUCUUUUAUUUUCUACUUUAACACCUAUAUUAUGGUAAUUAAUUGUGAAUAAAUGAUGUUUUUGCAAUAUAUACAAAAGUAAUGUAAUAACAAAUGGUAAAUUGCACAAUCAAAUCAAGCCAAAGUUAAUGCAUAAUAAAAUGUGUCAAAUCAUAAACUGUUAUCAAUGAGACCCAAAUCAGGUCCAGUCUCACUUAUGGAGCAUCUAGAUAAAUGAUUCUAAUCUUUUUGCAUUAUAGUAACAUCAUCCAUUUAUACAGUAGAUGUACUUGAAUACGAUUAUUGAAUUUAGCAACAAACAAAAUUCUGAGUCUACGUGCUAAAGGAUCCAAAAGAAUGCAGGAAGAUAAUGCACUGGCCAUGCUAGACCAAAUAUAUUGAGGACGAAACUCAAAAGUUCCCAUAAGAACUAGUGAUCCCUGUAUAAUGAUAUCAGAGUACUGUAUAUAGUGAAGGUGGAGUUGACAAAAUGGGAGAGGAAAGGAGAAGAGACAGUUGGCAUAGCAAAGAGGGAACCAAAGAGGGCUGUAAUCAGUGGUAUGUAUAUGCUAUGACAUACCAUAAUAAGCUACUUUACCCAGAGGUGCUGGGAAGUAAGAGCUUACCUAUUGCCUGUAGGACAUGUAAUUUGAAAAGGUACAUACCAUUAAAGGGAGCAAGGGGCUAGUAACCCCUUCUCCUGUAUAUACUACUAAAUUUAAAAGGAGAAACUUUCGUUUUUCCUUUUAGGCCACCCUGCCUUUGUGGGACAUGGUCGGUUUGUUGAAAGAAGACAUACCAUUAAAGGCCGACCAUAGUUAGGACACCUGCAAAGAAGGAAUGGGCACAAUUAAGAUUUGUAUUUUCACAUAUUGCUCUGUGCUCAUGGCUCAAUUCAAGCAGAAGGGAAGAUAUCAAAGCUGGGAAUUCCUCUAGGUACUCGAAAUGAACUGUCUAGGGCAAAGAAAGAUACAACACCUGUUAAUAUACAUCUGGAAGAUAUAUUGGAUAGCCAGGUCCCAUCCCUACAUACUGCUAUACCAUUAAAACUUACUGGAGUGAGAGAUAUGGAAGUGUAAAAUACAUGCAAUGAAAAUAAGGGACACCAUUAGCACAAUGAGAGAACACCUUGUUAACAUUCAUGAUGCAAGACUUUUGAUAUCUUCUACCAGCAGAUAUCAGAAAUAUUGCCUGAACAAAUGAAGAAGUCUUCAAGAGAAAACCGGAUCAUUACCUUUGCCAAGCACCAUUUCAACCACCCUGUGAUGGCUGUGGGGACAAGCAGAACAAUAAAAGUGAAUGUCUAAUUGAACAAGUACUCAACAAGGAAGUUUGGUCAAAGGCCAGACUGGUAGCAUAGACAAGCCCUUGAAAUCAAUCACAAGUAUAUCACAGGCUCCAGGAAUUGCCGGGAAGAAUGUAAUCCAAUGAUAGGUCACUAUUCAAGUGCCUAGAGGGAGGAUCCUCCACAUGCACAAGGAAGAAAAAGCAAAAUAAAACGAAGGCUUCAGCUCAAAGAAAGUGACUGGAUUUGGUGUUAACAGCACCGAGUGACUACUGUGUGUCAGGAAAGCCAUGGCACAGGAGGCAUUGGAAGGGACCAUAUGAAAUGCAGAGCAGACCUGGCUAUCCUCUGGGGUCCGGAAAACAAGAAAUUAAUGUUGAUGAUGGAAUACCUCUUAAGCCAGGACUUUCCAAGUCAGGAAUGUGGAUUGCAAGUGGCAGAGCAAAGGAAUGAGGAUGCAAGGGAUGUGCAGCUGAGGAAAGCAGGAAGAGAUAACAGAACUUGUACUUCCUGCCACUUGAUGGUAUUACAUUUGUCAUUAAAACCAUCUGGUUCAAAAACAGAGACAAAUCAGAACUUUGUAAGCAGUCUUACUAGUAAAGAAGAUAAUGUCUGGAGCAUCCUGGCAUUCCACCAAAGAAUGGAAGAAAUUGGGUAAAGUUCCCACUCAUGACUCAUGUGACAACAAUUGGUGUAUCAGAUUACUGAGAUUACUGAGACAUCUGGGUAAAUGCGAGGGAAGAUUGGUGUUCUUCAAAAGGACAAGAUCUCAUUGAGGAAGAUGAGGACAGCCAUGGUAUUAUAGUUGGGUGUGGGUUGUGCAAUUCUCAAAAAAAAAAAAAAAAAAAAAAAAAAAAAAAAAAAAAAAAUCCAAGAUUGAAUUUCACAUCUCCAGCAUACAAUCAUUAUAUAAAUUUCCUAAGUUCCUUCCACUUCACUGGGAAAAAGAGAUGAUGAGGAUGGCAAAGACCCAUUACCUGAGAGGAUAUGUUGAGGGCAACACCCCAGCCUGUAGAAGCAGCUUCCAUCAUGAAGGGAUUUGAAGAAGGAAAAAAAUCACAGUAACAAAACACCAAAUUAGUAGCCACCACUUGAUGCAUUUCUGCAAUAUCUGCAAGAGAAAGUGUUAGAGGCAUGUUCCUGUGGCGCGUUAUGGAGGACCUAUCAUUAUUCAUCGUUUAGCACAUCUGAGACAGGUAUGGGGUACAUUUGAUGUGUUAUGUAUUCCUGUAAAGGUUCAUCAGAUCUAAUUCCCACAAGUGGUUUUUAAGUGUCUUUGUAAAAAUUACAGAAUUUUAUUGAAUUUGAAACAAUUCAGUAAAACUGGUUUGGCUGAAAACACUAAAAUUUAAGCAAAAAAAUUACCAAACAAUAUAUUGACAAAAAUCAAACACUAAGGUCAAAUAAAAUGUACGUUUCCCUCGUUUUAUGCUAAUUAGCUAUUGUACAAUGCGCCAUUUCUAUGGGUAAUUCCAUGGGUGUGAGAUAUAUACAUUCAUUGUAUGCAGUUGGCUUUAUUUGAGCAUGGUACAGCUGACAUGGACCUGGAAUACAUCUACAACAUAAAAUGAGAGACACCUGAAGGAAUUUGGAAGAGCUGAGUGACUUGCUCAGGAAUAUAUUGAAAUAUAUAUUUAAUGUUUGUUUCCAAGAAGGUAAAUUGGCCAACAUGUGAAGAAUGCCAAUCACUGUGCUAAUACUGCAUAUAAAAAGGGCGAUUGUGAGGACCCAUUUCAAUACAGACCUGUCUCGUGGACAAAUGUCACUGAAAAAAGUCAUCAGAGAUAGUCAAAAUAUUUGACUAUGAGUUUUGUUUGCAACACUAAAGAGGAGAGAUGUUGGAUGUCAGGAGCAGGUGAUGGGUACCACAGGGAGAGAAGAAAAGAUGUGAAUAGAAGAGAAAUGAGAACCCAACCGUCUUUCAAUCACGGCCAGAGGUAAGUGCAAGGCUGAGGUUUCUACAUGGGUAUAUGAAAGAAACAGAUACAAAGGAACCAACUGGGUCAACCAUACUUACUCUUCCUCCCUCACCUUUCACAGGCCCAGAUUUGUACAAAAGCUAAGGGCCUCACACUAUGAGGAACCUCCAAAAUUUUUACCUCCUCCCAUACUUUACUACGACUGUGACUAUUUUGACUUUUUUUUGGUGUGUGUGGAGGGGGGGGGGGGAAGCCUGUUAAACUUGAUAUAGCUUAAGACAUGAGGUCAAAGUUCAACUUUGCUUUUCUUCCCCUCUGUCUUUCUGUCCCAAACAACCUUAUGCAAUACCUACAAACUUAACCCACCCUAAACCUAACACCAAUCCCAGUAUCAACUAAUGACAGCUCAGUCUUGUAUCUAAAAUGCCACCAAACUCCACAAUGAGAGUCAAGUCAAAUAUUGUAUAUGAAUGCCCCGAAAAAGAAGAAACACUUUCACCAUUGCUCACUUCAUCACUGUCUUGCUAGAGGCAACCCAACAUUACAGCUCAGAUGCCUCCAAUAUAAUAUUCAAUCUUUCAUUACCUUGCUCUUUCCUAUAUUCACUUUCAAUUUCCUUCUUUUACAUAUACCAUCCUACAUCCAUCUACCAACUUCUCUUCACAAUCUCCCAAAAGCACAGUGUCAUUGACAAAAAGCAACUGUGACAAUGCCAACUUUGUAUUAGAUUCUUUUUUCUAAUCCCAGCCUUUUGUAUAAAUAUGUUCUAGAACCAGUGUGGCAUCACACAUCCUUGUCUAAGUCCUGCUCUUCCUGAAAAAUGAUCUCCCUCUCUCCUACAUACCCUAACCUGAACCCUCACUAUCCUCAAAAAAACUCAACUGCUUUAACCCUUUCAGGGUUGGUGCCAUACUAGUACGGCUUGCACGCAAGGGUUGGUGCAGUACUAGCACGCAUAAAUUCUAGCGCCUUCAAAUCUAGCGAGAGAAAGCCGGUAGGCCUACAUAUGAAAGAAUGGGUCUAUGUGGUCAGUGUGCGCAGUAAAAAAAAUUCCUGCAGCACACAGUGCAUAAUGAAAAAAAAAAACUCCAACCGUGUUUUUGGUUAAAAACAGCGACUUUGCAGUGUAUUUUCAUGUGCUAUUUAUGGUUGUAUUCAAGUUUUCCUGGUUUCAUUUUAUAGAAUGGAAAACAUAUUACAGAAAUUGAGAUGAUUUUGAUUGGUUUCACAAUGAAAAGUACCUUGAAAUUGAGCUCAAAGAAGCAGAAAUGUUUGAUUUUUGCCAAAGUUCAAAAGUAAACAAAUCAUGCCACGUGUCCAAUACACAUCAACUGGUGGGUCUAAUAUUCUUUCACAAGUGUGCUGGUAUUAUUUAUACCAUUUCUACACUAAUGCAGUAGUCUGCAUAACAGUAAAUCUUCUAUUUUAUGUGAGAAAAAAAAUUCAAAGUGGAAAUCAAAAGAAAUGUAACAGAAGCCUGGGAAUGUGACUAAUGAACAGAGGAAAUGUUAUUUUAGUGCCAGGAUUGUCUGUCUUGUUUAUUCUGGACCCUAUUUGGAAAUUGGCAUCCUCUGAAAUUUGUGUUUGGCAAAAUUGCCAAUUUCUGACCACUUUAUUGGACAGCUGAAAUCUGUAAAUGGGUGGUUUCUUGGACUCAUUCGAUAGAAAAAAUGGAGUUCUAGCGAUAUAGUCAUGAUUUUUGUUGACUGGUACAUUGGAAUUGGCCAAUAAUAGGGCUCAAAGUGGGCGAAAUCACCGAUGCAUAAACAUCGUCGAGACUGCUAACUUCGUGAGAGCAUAAUUCCAUAAGUUUUCCAUCAAAUUUCAUACUUUUGGUGUCAUUAUGAUCAGGAAAAGAUUCUCUAUCAUUUCAUAAGAUUUUUUUUUUUUCGAAAAAUUUCCGACCCUGAGAACAAGUUUAGGAGAGGGCCUGCUGACCCUGAAAGGGUUAAAUAACUUACCACCUAUUCAGUACUCUUGCAACAUCUGUCACAUUCCCCCCCUAUCCACCCUAUCAUAUACCUUUUCUAAAUCCAUAAAUGCAAUGAAAACUUCCCUACCCUUAAAGAUUUGUUUCCUUACAGUUCUUACACUAUCUUUCAUUCCUUUUUUCUUUUUGCAAAGGAUCUAUGAACACUUUCUGCCAAUCCCUAAGUACCUUCCCCCUUUCAUAUAAACAGUAUGAGGGGGGCUACAAUAAAAUAAGGAACAAAAUCAUCCAUGAGGAAAAGCACCAGUAACAAGCAGAACAGGACCAAUGCUUACUUGAUGAUCCUGGACAUUUUGAAACAUGGCAAAGUAAACUGGAAAAAUAUUAGGAACCUGCUGGUGAUAAUAGGCAUGGAAGCAAAUAUUUCAUAAUAAUGAUGACAGACAUGUCUCAUUCAUCAACAUAUAUAGCAAAGACUUCAGUAUUGUAAUGAAUAACUUAAUGAGCCCGCACAUCAAGGAACCCAUAAGGAUGAAGGGUAUCAAUGAGCAUUCAUUUUGGAACUUAUGCUCUCUCACAUUAUUCAUCUGAUUCAGGAGUCUGUUGUCAUACUUGAGUUUUUGUAUUUUAUCUUUCACAUUAUAUUUGCUUCUUACAUACUAAAAUAGAAGGCUUGACUCCAACUUACCCUAGCCUGUCAGGGUAUUUCCUUAUCAAAGUUUCUCUUUUCGUCUCUCCCCACUUUUAGUAUUUGUUUCUAGUUUUUUUGUUAUUUGGAGAGUUGUCUGUAAUGGUUUCAAGACGUCUUUCUUUUCUGUGGAUUUCAAGCACGUUUUAACAUUAUUUAUUUUGAGUAUAGUGCCUAUUUCCCAACAAGAUAGGAUAACUCAAAGAAGUGCACAGCCAUCAUAA